AUGAUUAAACCAACGUCAUCCCCUUGUGGAGAUAAAAGUGUUUCUUCUAUCACUACUCACUAUACGAUAGGUCAAUUAAUCAAUAUUGAAUGGGAAGUUAAUAAUGCUUGCGAAAAACAGUUUUAUGUUGAUUUAUCGAUAAUCGGUAAAGAUUCAAACUUUAAAACCAUUGGAGCUCUUUUAAAUCGUGCGGAUAAUGUAGGUGAGAUUUCACAAGCAAGUAUAAAACUACCGGAGAACGUGGAGUGCGAUAAUUGCACCUUACGUCUAAGAUGUGCUGAAAAUUCGUCCUGUGCCAGCAUUCGUAUCUCGCGUUCUGGAAACGUUAGAUAUGAUAAACGUAAUUAUGACUUUCAACAUGGAAUGUCUAUGCGUAAUCCUAACUCUAAAAUUGGUGACGAAAUUGGAUUAUAUAAAAAAUAUGAGAAGCGUAAUCUUAACGGUGAAAUUGGAUUAUAUAAGAAGCACUAUACUGGAUCUAAUCCUAACAACAAGGAGAUUACAUUAGAUGCUAGUAACCUUAGGUAUAAAAAGCGCAAUCCCGAUUCUGAUCUUGAUGGUGAGGUCGGAUUAGGUAAUAAUGGCUCUGGGUACACGGAUCGUAAUUCUAAUUCGGAUAUUGACAAUAAGGCUGAUAACGAACCUGGAUACACGAAUCGCAAUCCUGGUGGAAAUAGGGACGAAUCAGGUGAUAGAAGUCCUGGGUCCACGAGUCGCAAUCCUGGUUUUGCUACUGGCAAUAAGAUUGAGUAUAAGAAGCGUAAUCUUGAUUCUGACCUUGAUGAUAGGGUUGGAUUAGAAAUUAACAGUCUCGGGUAUAAAAGACGCGAUCCUACCUCUGAUCUCGGAUUCAAAAAGCGUAAUUCUGAUAUUGAAGAUGAGAUUGGAUUCGAAGUUAGUGGUCUCGGAUUCAAAAAGCGUAAUUCUGAUAUUGACGAUGAGGUUGGAUUCGAAGUUAGUGGUCUUGGGUUCAAAAAGCGUAAUUCUGAUGUUGACGAUGAGAUUGGUUUCGAAGUUAGUGGUCUCGGGUUCAAAAAGCGUAAUUCUGAUAUUGACGAUGAGGUGGGAUUCGAAGUUAGUGGUCUCGGGUUCAAAAAAGCGUAA